GCGGACAGAAAGGCAUCGACGCCCGGCAGGAGCGUCACACGGAGGCCGUUCACGUCGACUGACACGUCCGGAACUCCAGAACCGGACUCGGCGCUCCAUUUUUUAUACGUUUAGUUUUCCUUCAUUUAUUUUUGUGAUUUUUCUGCUUUUUGUACCGGACUGCAGGCGCGUGCGUGGCGCCACUGCGGCUGUGAAGUGUCACGUGACCUCCCUUUAUUACCCACGAGCAGCAAGACGACACAGCGUGACACCUGCUGAACAGUGAGGAAUCUGACAGAUCUUCUGGAAGCACCUGGAAGACCCCCCCCACCGCCUCUCUCAUGCCUCAUAAACCAAAAGUGCAGGAGCCAAAGUUUCAAGAGAAGAAGCAAAAAACAAAAGUCCAUCAUGAAGAUGCUGAUCUGACUUGACUGAUUAGCACGUGCUAAUCCCGACGCUGCUACGUGGACACACUGUCGACACGCCUCCUCCUUCCAGCAUUUCUUCCACCGGACGUGACGCCGCCACCCUACGUCCGCCCAGCCCUUUAUCCAACACCAGUGACCUCGCAACGUUUUCGUCCUCUCGCUCCGGCAUGCAGCGCGCGGUGUCCAUGAAGCCAUAGCGAGCGCAGCCAUAACGCCUCCCCGAACCCUGAGGAGCAUCCAUGCUUCACGCCUGCUCAACCUGGACCCGACCCGUCUGAGCUGACGGAUGAGUCCGGACACUUUCAUGUCUGCUGUGUGGGCGGAACCACGCUGCCCCGCUAGAACCGGGCCCAAGCCAUCCUUCGUCCUCUUCUGCUGGCUGGGGUUAAAUUCCGAGCAGAGACACUCGCACAAGGGCGUCCUACGCACAUAGGCCCCGCCCCCAACCCUCACCACUACUCACUCGUUUGCCUUGACGUGCACGUCGAGUUUUGCUGCCAAAACUUCAUCUGGACUUUGUGGCCAAAUUGUGAAUGUGAGGCCUCCAAGAACUUGUCGUGGUUGAGCUCGUUUACAGACGCCAAAACCCUCCAUGUGACUUCAACAGGAAGUGCCAAACAACGUUUACAUACAAGCUUCAAUGUUUACACCUGCUCCAUCUCUUCCCUCCUCGGAUUAACAGUUUACACGUUGUUUUCUUACAUGUCCAGCAGAUCAAACGUGACGUUUGAAGGGCCACGCAUCGCCUAGCAACACCUCCGUUUACAGAAGUUUACAUUCAGGCGACGGAUGAAACCUUUUUUUACGCCAGCUGCCACAGAACCUCCUCAUCAAAUAAUGAAAGCUACAAUUCCUCGAGGGAUGUUUUGCUCGUCCCUGCUGCUUUUCUCCUGCCUUGCUGUUGCCACGGUAACCGCUGAUAACGAUGUCAGGAAGCCGCCGAGCAGCGCCGGCAAACACGCCACCACCCUCUUCCUGCUCACGGGCUACAAGCCGCCGCCGUCCCCCAGAGGCGCACCCAAGAGGGCGGAGAUGGAGGAUGGCGAUGAUGCGCCGCCCAUGGCCGAGCUGCCCCCCAAGCCCCUCCCGCAGACCAUGCUGCCGCGAAACGUGACGGCCGAGGCCCUGAAGCCGCCUCUGGGCGCGGCCCAGGUGGCCCCGCCUCCCAGGCAGCUGGUGGACGUGGACGUGUGCAGGGGUUAUUUUGACGUGAUGGGUCACUUCGACAGCACCUUCAACUGUUCCAAGGGCAGCUACAUCUACUGCUGUGGGACCUGCCACUACAGAUUCUGCUGCGAGCACCAGCGCAGCAGACUGGACCAGGACUCGUGCACAAACUACAAGUCGCCCGACUGGGCCGAACCCCUGGUUCCCGUCACCGUCCCCGCAGGAAACAAGCCCGACCCGGACUUUGAGACUCUCCAGCAGCAGAACAGCAGCACGGCCUACGUCAUAGGCGGCGUCAUCUCCUUCACGCUAGUGGUGGCCGUCGGCGUCCGGAUCGCCUUCAGUAAGGUGGCACGGCGACCACGCAACAGAGACAUCAACAUGCCCAGGUCGCUCGUGGACAUCCUGCGCCACCAGUCAAGUCCCGUGCAGCACGGCGAGAGGAACAACAGCGCCAUGUUGACCACGUCUGACGGCCGCACGUCCAAAAACAUGUACACGCCCAUCCUGCAGAGCAAGGACAACCGCACUGGGAACUUGCUCCACCAUUUUAACCGGCAGGGCUCUGCUUCCAGUCCCAAACACUCUGCUGCCAUCGAGCGUGGGGCCCGCAUGAACAACACCCCCCAGCUCUCCUCCGGCCCCAAGCUGAUAGCGAGCAGUAGUAAAGGCAGCGGCGGCGGUGGCGGCAUCAUGGGGGGCGGCAUGAGGCACAACAGCAGCCACGCUUCCUUCUCGCACUCCUUCCACAACCUGGCCCAGCUGCCGCCAUCCUACGAGGCCGCCAUGAAACCUGAAAUCAGCCGCUACAGCUCCCUCAAGAAGCUGGAGAAAGAGCUGGAUGAAUAUUCCGGCUAUUAUUCGGCCAAGCGUCGCUCCACCAACGCGCCGCCCUCCUUCCACUCCUCACAGCACUACCUUCCCUGGGGGGGGGACUACACAAUGGGCUCCAGGGGCACGCUGCCGCUCAGCGGGUCGCGGCCCAUCCUCCACAUGCCCCCCUCCACGCCAAACCCGUACCCGCUGCCCGUGCAGACGCACUACACGGGCUCCAGCUUUGACCGACCGCCACGCCGCGUCCGCUCCCAGGACCAGCUGCUGGCGCUGGGGGAGGGCAACACGCUGUCCCGCCUGUCCAAGAACCAGCAGUACCAGUACUACAAGGCCGUGAUGGGCGGGAGCAGGAGCUCCGCCUCCCAGACGCUCCGCAGAUCCCACGAGCGGCUUCUGGUGUCUCCCGAUCACCUGGAGGAGCGGAUGAUGACGAUGGGCCUGAUGGGGGGAGCGGAGAGAAGCAGCAUGGUGCCCACGAUGGGGCGCCUGAGCCACCACCAGAAGGCCCAGUCCCAGCAGAACAUCUGUGUCACGCCCUCCAUGGACCGGCACCACAUGAUCAAGAUGAACUCCCACCCGACGUCCGGCCACGAGCACGAGCGCGGCGUGGGCGUGCACGGCGCCUGGGACGGCGGGGCGGGCUCCAUGGGGGGCCACCCCAGCGCCCGACGCAUGGCUUUUGCCAGCAAGCGUCAGAACACCAUUGAGCAGCUCCACUUCAUCCCUGGCGGGGGAGGGGGAGGCCACGCCCUCCGGACUGGGAGUAAGAACGAAGUGACCGUGUGAGACGACGGUUUGAAGUAUGCCGGCGGGAAUGGCCCCCCCGCCGCCUAUUUUAAGGAAAAACCCACAUUCAUUUUUGUGCGCCAUGUUGUAAAAACCCCAAAGCUCCUUUUAGGAUGUUCGGUGCGGUGAAGGGUCCGAUGACACCAGCACCAGAGGCACAAAUACGUCUUCUCAUCUCGUUAGCGACACAGCUACAUCUUCUUGCUACGUAGUGAUUUUCCAUGUGAGGAAGCAUAGCUAGCUAGCCUGUUAGCUGACGUCAAUGACGAAGCAUUUAUAAAGGCCCACAUCCUGCAAAAACCCGCUGGAGAACUUUUGAAUUUGGAACGUUACCCUUGACCUCAUCCAAACCUCAGCAAAGCCACAAAUGGGACUGUGCUCAGCGCCCCCCUGUGGACGCCUGCGACAUCACAUGCGAGUGUGUGCUUGUGUGUGUGUAUGUGUGUGUGUGUGUGUUGGGGGGUACACACUAAGGGCUAUAACCAAGUAAUGUGUCUGUGCAGCGUCUGCGUCUCGUUUGUGGAGGCAUGCUCGUUCUUUACUUCCCGUCGGUGGAGAGGGGACUCGACUUGCUUUAAAUCUUUCUUAACCUUAGUUUUUGUGACUUCAAAAUACACACAACAUACGUGUGUGCGUGCGUUUAUUACGAGGCCACCUGGAGGUCUCCAUUUCAAUAAAGUCACAUGACACAUUUGUCACGAUUACAACUCUUAAUUCAUGAUUUCAUGUCGAAAACGUCACCAAGCAAAAGAGCCGAUGCAAUCAAAUGGAGUGAUGAUGUCACAGCCAGUGAUGAUGAUGUCACAGAGUGCGUGUGUGUGUGUGUGCGUGUGUGCGUGUCGUCCAUUGUCAUAUCAACUUUUAAUGACAUGCAUCCACUGCGUCACUCGUCUUCUGAAGAGGACCGUGAAGGAGAAAAGAGGGACAUAAAAGAAAAUAUUUAAAAUGGGUUCCAUGCUGUCAUGCAUGUGCGCGUGCGUGCGUCAUAUUUAUUUAAAAUUUGUAAGAUACUCUGCAUACCUCAAAACUACGAGAUAUACUUAGAAUUACACCCUCCAAUGUUUUCUCUUUCCAGGAUGAAGGCCUCACUAACGUGUUUGUACAAAUCAUCAUGUUUGACAAUGAUAUCUACAAAUAAAUCCUUUUAAAGUAUCCUUGUCUAAUGCUUUUAAAGUAAAUAUAGUUAUCAAUAAGAACAUUUGACACAUAUAAUAUAUAGUAAAGAGCAUAAUGUGCUAAUUGUCACACACA